AUGCACAGCUACAAGAACGCCGUACAUACGAAUGUGUAUCAAACAGGUGGUCUUGACGGGAAGCAGUGAAAAAGAGGCGGGCUCCGUUUGUGUUCAUUAUGCCGCGCCAAAAUUGAACUGAAAAAAGUAGCGUUGCGAUCGCGCCCCGAUAUCGAACGAUAACGUAAUGUAAAGCCGCCGCCGACGAUGCGACGAUUUGCAAAGCCAUAGACAAUCAGAAGAAGGGAGAUAAAAAUACCUUAGAAUCACAGAAGUUUGAUACCAUUCUGAAGUAAAUAUGGCUGAGCUAGCUUCCACUAUGACAGGCAUGUUGUUGCCAAAUCACUUCCAACCCCUGGACCAUGACAGUGAGAGUGAUGAUGAAUCUAUGGAGUAUGGGGGCAGCAUACAAAUUCCUUUCUCUUCCAUGUUGGAGACAAGCGAUAGCAGGGAUGGACGAGAAUCCAAAUCAAGUAGCCCCAAUGUCAGUGUCGAGUACCUACCCCAUAUGAAUCUUAAACAGAGGACAGAAGGAAGCUGGAAUCACAUGGAUUCCUCAAAUCUUACAAACGACUCUGGUUUUACCCCAAAUUCAUCAGGGUUCAGUGCGGACCUCAGUUCAAGCGGGGGCUUCUCGUCGUGUGACCUUAGCUUUAACCUGAAGAACUCAUCCAUGAAUCGUGGGGUAUCUUUAAGAACUCAGCAGCUACAUGUAGGUGGUCCUGCGCAACCUGUUACCCCAACAAAACUACAGGACACAAAUCUGGUACGCAACGAUGACCCCUUGACCCCUACGGCGAACCUCAAGAUGCUGCUUAGUGCAAUGAGUCCGGAGAUCAGAAACAUGGAGAACAAAAAGAAAAAAGCGAGAUUGUUUGAUGACAUGGUCGAAGCAGCGUCACAAGGGACAGUAUUACCUAGACCCCAAGGAACAGUGUCAUCCUCCAACCUUGACACCUCCACUAUGAACUCAUCAUCUGGAAAUGAAACAUCAUUCCUUUUGUCACCUUCAGAUGAAAACGGAGCAGAAGAAGGAGAGAAAAACAACAGAAAAGCCAAGUCACUCGGAUUACUUUGUCAAAAAUUCUUGACAAAAUAUCCUGAUUACCCGAAAGAUGGAAAGGCCAUGGAUAUUUCCCUGGAUCAGAUCUCUAAAGAUUUGAACGUUGAGAGAAGAAGAAUCUAUGACAUUGUGAACGUCCUUGAGAGUGUUGAGAUGGUCAGCCGGAGAGCUAAGAACAGAUACCUGUGGCAUGGCAGGACACACCUCUACAGGACACUAGCAAAACUCAAGUGCCUAGGUCAGAGACAGAAGUUUGCUGAGCAGCUAGCUCUCCUUCACAGUCGAUUAGAAGACGGGAGUUUAUCGAUGGAUGAAAGCAAAUCACCGGUAUACGGACCGGACAGGACGAUGGGAGACGUUGCUAAGCAACCACUCCAGGACGUUGCUAGGCAACCUCUUCAGGAUAUCAGCAACUUCUUGAAGUCUCCGGUGGAGACGGAGAUGAGGAAAAAUGGGAGAGAGAACUGGGAAGAUGAUACAAAGAGAGAUAAGACGUUAGGAGUGAUGAGCCAGAAGUUCAUCAUGCUCUUCUUAGUGUGUAAGGAUCGAAUCAUCUCAUUGGACGUAGCUGCCAGGAUCCUGAAAGGAGACCAGAAUUAUCAGAUCGGAGAGAAUGCAAAGUUUAAGACUAAAGUAAGAAGGCUGUAUGACAUUGCAAACAUCUUGACCAGUCUGAAGCUGAUUGAGAAGAUUCACCUGUCUGAGGGACGCAGUCGUAAGCCAGCGUUCAGGUGGAUUGGACCUGAUCCAGAUACAAGUCAUGUCGACUGGAGUGAACUUCCAACAGGCACUAAACCAACUCAGAAGCAUUCCUACUUCCCUCUCCCUCCUGUGAGUUCUGAUUCCUGGUCUUCCAACCCCACCCACAAACAAACCCCAGCGAUGGUCAAGCUACCCCUCGGCAAGACCACGCCCCUCAAGUCCCGCCUCACCUGGAGUCGGACUGCAUCCUUUAGCGCCAUCUGUGAGGUGGCAGAGCAGGAGUGCCGCAAGUAUUCCUCAGCCCCAAGCAGUCCCGUCAAGGACGAGGAGGAGGAUGAGGAUGAGAAUGAAGAGAAUAGCUCUUCUUCGACCCUUAGCAACGGCACCAAAAAAGAGGAAGAUUUCAUUCAGGAGUUUCAAGCCCUGCGAAACAAGUACCCUGCCUGCGUGUCCAGACUGUUGUUCUCUGGCCCAGCUGUGACCCCAUCUGACCCUUCACCCCUGACCCCUGACCCAGCACCAUUGACCCCUGAGUCCUUGCAGUAUCAGCUAAGCCCAAGAGAGACCUCUCAGAUGACCACGAUGGGGGUAGCCAGCCCCAGAGGCCAGGGAGGAGAAUGUAGUAGUGCUUCCAAGAGUAAAGCACAGAAAGUGGUCUAUGUCCAGAGAUUUGUCCCUUUGCUGAAUGCCAAUACCAUGGCGGCCGUGCAAGCAAGCUCCUCCCACCAAACGGAUCCCAGCAACCCUACCAUCGUGACUGGAAACCGAACCAUCGUCGCACCAAACAGCGCCCUCGUAGGUGGGCCACACCCUGCUGUGAUAUCACCCACCCCAGGCUCCGUCAUCCGUCUACUCCCGAUGAGACAAGAGAAUUGGGUUCAGCUUCCUCAUGGCAAUGAUAUCGGCUCUAGGAAUGCCGCCAAUGGUACUCAUCAUGAGACUGCAAGCUCAGUAACUCAGGCAGAGUCGGGAGGACCACUAAUCAAGUGUGCUGGAGUUCCUAACUCCAACCAAUUAGUGACCAUCAUACGACGCAGCAAGCGAGCGGUCAAGCUUGCGCUGGACAAGGAGUUUGAAUACCAUCCUAUAAUCAAGAAGGUCAAGUCAGAAACAAAUGUUGAGAAUCCCCCUGUCAAGGUAGCGGUCUCUGAGCCUGCCAAGAAUCCCAAGAAUCCCACCGUGAUCAUCACCCACCCCACCCCUCUUGUCUCCAUGCCUGAAGGACCCCACCCCCAAGCACACACCCCAGCACCCCACCCACAACACCAUGCUGCCCAAGUAGAAACAGGACAAGAUGAAAAGAGUAGGAUUGUGGACAGGUCUCUGAUUCAGUUCAGUUUCAAUGCACCAACGCCACCAACCAAGGGAUUAUUUUGGAUUACCAGACACUAA